AUUGGUCAGUGAGUGACCUUUCACCUGUCACGUGAUUUAAAACUUCAGUAGGAUGGCGCGGGAAGUUGUCAGCUCUCCGUCGUAUUGAGUUCAGUUUCCUAAGAUUUCUCUUUUUAGCUUAGGAUUUUUUUUUGUUUUUACGAUCCUCUUCUACGUUGCCAGAACCGAGCGCGAUGGAGGUGAAGUUUGUCGGAGAUGGGGACGUUCUGGAGCACAUCGUGGAGAAGCACGACGGCGUGCUGAACGGGGGAAAGUCGGUGCAGCGGAUGGUGACGUUUAAGAGCCCCGCUGGACGGAAGGGGCGCCGGGAGGAGGCACAUCAGGAGGAAGAUGACGUCUUUGACGAGCAGAACUAUAUCCAGGCUUUGGGAACAGAUAAUGCAGCAGCAGAUGAAGAUGGUCUCUCAGGAGUGGCUGGAUCCUCUAUUUUUACCUUCCAAAAGAUCAAGCGUAGCCACCGCUUGGCCCAAACCGCGAGUGAACUGGCUCGAACGCCUGGCAAAAGUACAACCUCAAGCACAGAACCCCAAACCCCGACCCGAACGGGCCGCGAUCACAAAACAGGAAACCGGACUCCACAUAGGAGCAAAAAAGUCCAGUUUGUCUCGACAACUCCACACAGACUCAGGAAGAGGCUGACAGCACCUGCACUCCGCUCAGACAGCGACAGCGAACUCUCACCUUCUGACUCCGAGGAGGAUGAUAAUGACGAGGGGCUGAAUGGGUUUAAAGAAGAACAGAAAGAAAACAUAAAAACAGAGAGAACUCCAAAUAAAAGCUCGUCUUCAGCGCUCUCUAAAACUCCUGCCAAGAGAAGCAAGAACUCAGCAGAAGCGUUCAGCAAACCCACCAUGACAGAGGAGUACUUUGAGGCCCACGGCAGCUCCAAAGUCCUGACAUCAGACCGCACGCUUGAGCGUUUGCAAACCCCUAAACUAGACAGGGAGACUUUAGUUCAUCUUUUAGAAGGAAAACCCUCCUGUUACUCCAAAGACAUUCAGCAGCUGCACAACAAACACAAGAAGCACUUUCACAAGUGGAUGUUACAGCUACAGUUGGGCUUCAGUGUGCUGGUGUACGGUUUGGGCAGCAAAAAGGCUCUGCUUGAAGACUUCCGAACGUCUCAUUUGGCUCAUGAGAUCCACAUGGUCGUCAACGGCUUUUUCCCUUCCAUCACCCUCAAGACGAUAUUAAAUGCUAUAACGUCUGAGGUUCUGGAGGAUCAAGGGAGUUUCCGGACCCCCUCAGACCAGAUCCAGUUCAUCAGUCAGACCCUCAAAGAGCGUCCAGAUCUCCACGUGUAUUUGCUAAUUCACAACAUCGAUGGACCAAUGUUGCGUGGAGAAAAGGCCCAGAGUGCACUGGGGCAGCUGGCAUCCCUCCCCAACUUACAUCUAGUGGCUUCUUUAGACCACAUCAACGCUCCUUUAGUCUGGGACCAGUUUAAGCUGAGCCAGUUUAACUGGCUGUGGUGGGAGUGCGUGACGUUCCAGCACUACGCUGAGGAGACGUCGUACGAAAACUCUCUUCUGGUGCAGCAGACCGGCGCCCUGGCUCUGUCUUCCCUCACACACGUGCUGCGCAGCCUGACGCCCAACGCAAGAGGAAUCUUCAAAUUGCUCGUAAAGUUUCAGCUGGAAAACAAAGACAACCCUUUGUAUACAGGAUUGUCGUUCCAAGAUUUCUACCAGCGUUGUCGAGAGGCGUUCCUGGUGAACUCUGAUCUGACUUUGAGGACUCAGCUGACCGAGUUCAGGGACCACAAGCUGAUCAGGACUCGCAAGGGCGCAGAUGGAGUGGAGUACCUGACUGUCGCUGUGGAUACGAGCACGUUGACAGACUUCCUGGAGAACGAGGACGGCGACUGAGGAAAUGACAGGAUGAACCGUGAAGCUUUAGUCCACUUUAACAAUAUUAAAUGAUGUCAAGAGUUUAGCACCGUCACAUUUGUAAACGUCAGAUAAAUAAAAACUAAAUUUAAAUUAAAA